AUGAUAUCCAGACAAAUAGACACGGAGAAUUGUGAGAGUUGUCCAGAGGAUCAGUUUCCAAACCAAGCUCACAAUGAGUGCAUUCCAAAGACCCUGAAUUUCCUCUCCUUUGAAGAGCCACUGGGCAUUACUCUGGUGGCUCUGUCUCUUCUCUUUUCCUUAUCCACAGUUCUUGUGCUUGCAAUCUUCAUUAAGCAACGGGACACUCCCAUUGUCAAAGCCAACAACCGCAACCUCACCUACCUUCUACUUGUCUCCCUCUUUCUCUGUUUCUUCUGCUCACUUCUGUUCAUUGGAAAGUGCAAUAAGGCGACCUGCCUCCUCCGACAAACAACAUUUAGCAUCAUCUUUUCUAUUGCAAUCUCUUCUAUAUUGGCCAAAACCAUCACGGUUGUUGUAGCAUUCCUAGCCUCAAAGCCAGGAAGCCUAUUCCACAAAUGGGUGGGGCAAAAGUUGGCCUAUUCUAUUAUCUGGUUCUGCUCCUUCAUUCAAGUAGUUAUUUGCAUUGUUUGGCUGAGUACUUCUCCUCCAUUUCCGGAUUUGGACACAGAGACACUCCAUGGAGAAAUCAUAGUAGAAUGUCAUGAAGGUUCCCUCACCAUGUUUUACUCUGUCUUGGGCUACAUGGGCUUCUUGGCCCUUCUCAGUUUCAUUGUGGCUUUCCUAGCCAGGAAGUUGCCAGACACUUUCAAUGAAGCCAAGUUCAUCACUUUCAGCAUGUUGGUUUUCUGCAGUGUUUGGCUGACCUUUGUCCCCACCUACUUGAGCACCAAAGGGAAGUACAUGGUGGCCGUGGAGAUCUUCUCUAUCUUGUCUUCUGGUGGUGGCUUACUGGGAUGCAUCUUCAUCCCCAAAAUCUAUAUAAUUAUAUGGAGGCCUGAGCUCAACACUAGAGAGCAUUUAGUACAUAAAUAA